AGUCCUAACGAGGCAACAGGAGUCUGACGGGCAGACUGGACAAGUAGGCAGGACAAAUAUUACUGGAAGGGCCAAGCGACUUCAGGCAAACUCUUGAGAAACUGGCCCUACCGUGGAGGUAGGCCUGGGAGUCCAGCCAGCGGGAACCUCACGGGCAUGAUGCGGCUCAAAUCAGGCUCCUAAGCGGCUGUGAGCUCAGACGCUCUCCCCAAGGCGCCAGGUCUGAGCACUCGACCAGAGGCGGGCAAGAGCAGGACAGAGACCAUGAACACUGGAGCCAGGGAGGCAAGGAGAGUGACCAGCCCAAGACCUAUUCCCAGCUGCCUGGGCUACACAUUCUACUGCAGGAUGGUGAUCAACAACCAGGAACAAGGAAACCCAAUCCGAAAUCUGAAACAUAAGCCAUGAAGCUCAGUGAAAAGGACUCAGCACAGUCCAAAGAAAGUGAUUUGGUGAAAGAGAAAUUGGACUGGUCCUGCUUGCUCCUCGUGGCCUCCUUCGUGGGCGCCUUCGGCUCCUCCUUCCUCUACGGGUACAACCUGUCGGUGGUGAACGCCCCCACUCCGUACAUCAAGGCCUUCUACAAUGAAUCGUGGGAAAGAAGACAUGGGCAUCCAAUAGACCCAGACACUCUCACUCUGCUCUGGUCUGUGACGGUGUCCAUAUUUGCCAUUGGUGGACUUGUGGGGACUUUAAUGGUGAAGCUGAUCGGAAAAGUUCUUGGGAGGAAGUACACUCUGCUGGUCAACAAUGGGUUUGCGAUUUCUGCUGCGUUGCUGAUGGCCUGUUCUCUCCAGGCAGGAGCCUUUGAAAUGCUCAUUGUGGGACGCUUCAUCAUGGGCGUAGAUGGAGGCAUCUCGCUCAGCGUGCUCCCCAUGUACCUGAAUGAGAUCUCACCCAAGGAGAUCCGUGGCGCUCUGGGGCAGGUGACUGCCAUCUUCAUCUGCAUCGGUGUGUUCACCGGGCAGCUGCUGGGCCUGCCUGAGCUGCUGGGGAAGGAGAGCACCUGGCCAUACCUGUUUGGAGUGAUUGCCGUCCCCGCCUUGGUCCAGCUGGUGAGCCUGCCCUUUCUCCCUGAGAGCCCGCACUUCCUGCUCUUUGAGAAGCAUGACCAGGCAGGAGCCGAGAAAGCCUUCCAGACUUUCCUGGGCAAAGAGGAUGUCUCCCGAGAAGUGGAGGAGGUCCUGGCGGAGAGCCGUGUGCAGAGGAACAUCCAGCUGGUGUCCGUGCUGGAGCUGCUCCGGAGUCCCUUUGUGCGCUGGCAGGUCAUCACUGUGAUCGUCACCAUGGCCUGUUACCAGCUCUGCGGCCUCAACGCGAUUUGGUUCUACACCAAUAGCAUCUUUGGCAAAGCUGGGAUCUCACCGGACAAGAUCCCAUACAUUACCCUGAGUACUGGUGGCAUCGAGACGCUGGCUGCCAUCUUCUCUGGCUUGGUCAUCGAGCGCCUGGGACGGAGACCCCUCCUCAUAAGUGGCUUUGGGCUGAUGGCCCUCUUCUUUGGGAUCAUCACCAUCACACUGACAUUUCAGGACUGUGCCCCCUGGAUCCCAUACCUGAGUAUUGUGUGCAUCCUAGCCAUCAUCGCCUCCUUCUGCAGUGGGCCAGGGGGCAUCCCAUUCAUCCUGACUGGCGAGUUCUUCCAACAAUCCCAGAGGCCAGCUGCCUUCAUCAUUGCGGGCACCGUCAACUGGCUCUCCAACUUUGCUGUCGGGCUCCUCUUCCCGUUCAUUCAGAAAAGUCUGGACACCUACUGUUUCCUGGUCUUUGCCACAAUCUGCCUCACGGGUGCUGUCUAUUUCUAUUUUGUCCUGCCUGAGACGAAAAACAGAACCUUUGCGGAAAUCAGCCAGGCAUUCGCCAAAAGGAACAAGGCAAUCCCACCAGAGAACACCAACUCAGCUGCAUCUGAUGCUAAGGUGACCAGAAGGCCCAAGCCAGACCCUGCCUCCACUCUGGACAAUUGUGCCAAAAAUGGGAUUGUCUAAAUGGAUGAUCUCAGCAUUUCAGGAAACCAAAGUUUUCCCUACAUGGUUAAUAGUAUUAAGUAUUUAAAAAUAAACCUUUGCUAAUCUAACGUCACAA